UAUCACUGCUUGUGCACUGAAGUUUUCAAUAAUCUGCGUCGCAUUCCACUUGCUUUGAAAACGAUAUCUUCUAGUACAUUUCAAUAAAGGACUGUAAAGGACAUAACCGGGCAUAAAUUAGAUGCAACGUAAGGUAUAAACUGAAGAACGUGACUGUGCAAAUUUAUAGAUCCUUUUAAAGAAGAGGUCGUUGCCAUGGAUCUUGAAUUAUCGCGAGUUGAUUAUACGUUGGUUGGUUUGACAUCCCCAAAUUCGAUGAAGCUUUUACCUGCACAGGGCGCAAGAUUGCCCCAAAAAGUAGCCGUUGGCGAUCAGGAUGGUGUACUCCAGGUACAGUAAAAGAUAAAAUUUUUAUAUCAGCUGAAAAUGAAGUAAGAGGAUUUACAAAGAAAGGAAAAUUAUUUUUGGGGUUUGAUACCAAUCUUACAGAACCAAUAAAGUCAAUGCAUGUAAGUGGCAGUAAUUUACUAGUCUGUGGAAAUUAUGCCUACAACCAGUAUCAUGAUUGCAAAGAUGCAAAUUCUUUUCUCUGUAGUGAUCGUAUAAAUGAUGUUAUUGCCCUGGUUGCUGAAAAGACCAAUAAAUUAACACCAGUUCUUGCUUGUGAAGACCGAAUACUUAGGGUACUUGAUUAUUCCCAAGUUCUUCACACAGUGGAGAUUGAUGCUGUGCCUACAGUUCUCCACUUAAAUGGAAAUGAUGGAGGGGAAAAUGGCAAUGAAAUAUUGUAUGGAACAGCUGAUGGGAGAAUAGGAGUAGUUCAAGUUGGAAGGGCUGAAGUCAAUCACAAGUGGUUACUGAAUGAUGAUAAGAGACGCAGUGGUGUUGUUUCUUUGGAUUGCUAUGAUAUUAUGGGUGAUGGUGUUUUGGAUAUUAUUGUUGGACGUGAAGAUGGAAUGGUGGAAGUAUUUUCUCUGGGAGAUGAAAUUAGUGAAGAGAACGGGAAUCUGACAGAGAAGUUUUCUUAUGCUGCUACAGAGAGUAUUACAUCUGUGCAGGGUGGGAUUGUGGGAAAUGUGGGCUAUGAUGAAAUUGUUGCCUCAACAUAUACAGGAUGGCUAUUUGGCCUGACAACAGAAGUAAUGGAUAAGCAAGUAGGUGUGGAUUCACAAACAGGAAGCCUUAAUAUUUCUCAAGAUGCCAGAAUGAAGAUAAUGCACUUGAGAUCUGAAAUAGAAGAAAUCGAGCAACGAGUAAACAGGGAACGCAACAGAUACCAGGCUGCAACAUUAGACAAGACGGAAGGGAUGUCUGCUAUACCAUUUAUUUCAGUGAAUGAUAAGAUGAUGUUGUGUAAAGAAGAUGCUUCAUACUUAUUAAAUUUGGAAGUGCAGACAGCUAUUGAUAAUGUUUUGAUUCAAAGUGAUGUGCCUGUUGAUCUUUUAGAUUUAGAAAAGAAUUCAGCAGUUGUUAGCUACAGUGCUUGUGAACCUAAUAGUGGGAACUAUUUGCUUGCUACAUACAGAUGUCAGAUGAACACAACAAGAUUAGAGUUGAAAAUAAGAACAAUUGAAGGACAGCAUGGAACCCUACAAGCUUAUAUAACACCUUUAAUACAGCCAAAAUGUUGUCAAGUGCGUCAAUACAGUAUUAAACCCCUUUCUUUGCAUAUGCGAUGUCACAGCUUUGACUCGCAAAGGCCUUGUAAUGUUUUGAACCUGAAAGGAUCGUUCAGCAUGGGAGAAAUGCAUACAUGGGUUGCUUAUUGUUUGCCAGAAGUACCAGACAAACCACCAUCCAAUGAACAAGCAGAAUUUACAUUUACUUCAACAUUCUUGGAUACAAUGCUCCAGUGCAUCUAUCGCAAAGGUGAAGCAGAAUUUAAAUCUGAUAACAUAUCUACAAUCUCCAUUUUGAAAGAUUUUCUUACAAAAGAGGCUACAAAAAAAAAAAUUCAGUUAGACAUAUCUUGUGUUGUAAAUGACGACUGUAUAUUUCACACAUUGCGAAUAUUGCAUCCUAAACUUGAGUCGCAGCUAAAGCUUACCAAUCAAGUUGCAAUGUUGGAUGCUCUUCGAGACCUUGAAACUCAUGAUGCAGAAGCAAUGAAAUGCCUCUUACCAGAGUACCGUGAACUUUUGAACAAUGAGACCAAAAUUCAGGCACAGUUCAAAAAACAACCUGCUCAUCUGGACAGAUUGUAUGGAAUGAUAACGGAUUUAUUUAUAGACAUGCACAAAUUUAAGGGGAUUAAUGUUAAAGGAAAAGUCCCCUUGUUAUUGGAGGUUCUGGACAAAUAUUCAUUGGAGAACUUAAUUAAUUUUUUUCAACAGUCAUUUUAAUAAAAUCUUCACUUUUAACACAGUAAAUAAUUUUAAUGCUAAAAUAUCGAAUUAUUAAUAAAGAUUCUCAUAAAAUUACUUCUUUUUAAUUAUAACACACCAGUUGCCCUGAUCAUAAAAUGAUUUCACAAGUUCUACAUUUUUCUCACGGAGACACAAGUCUUCCAAUUCCUGCUUUUCAAACACAUGAUAGUAACGAUAAAAUGUACGAACCUCUGAAGUUUGUAAUUUCUGAGAUUGUGGUUUGAGUUUCCAUGGAACUAAAACAUCUUUAUGAAGAAAUUGGGUCCUGUUUGUGUGUAAUGGAAGGGAGAAUGAAGAUGAUUCACUGAAUUUAGAAUAUUUUUCUGUUUGAGACUUCUCUUCUUCUGCAUUUACCACAGGUGGCUCAUGAGCAUUAGUUUUAUUACAUUUUGAUUUUCUAUUAUGCCAAUUUUGUUUCAAAUAGGACGAUUUCUUAUUAUUGUACUCUUGGUUCUUUGCCCACACAUAAAUCAGAGCCAUUCCUUCUUGCCUUAAAACUCUUACAAUUUCUUGCACAGCCUUCAAUCUUCGAUUCUUAAAAAUAAAGUAGCAUAAAUUUAAAUAUUAGAAAGAAUCAUAAGAAAUGCAUGAAUUUAAUAUACAAUACAAAAGUACAAAGUCAAUAAUUUGAACAUAAAAAAUCCAGACCUUACAUGAUCCAGAUUCAAUUCUGGUGAAAAAUAAAUCAUUUUAAUUAAUAACUAUUUCUUACAGAAAUUUAUAUCAAUAUAAAAAAUGUAUGUUUUAUUCAUUCGCUUCUUAUCUGUAACCAUCAGAGUGAAUUAUGAAUUAUUUUAGUUUUUUUUUCUUUUCUUGUUUUUCAUUAAAGAUGUCUUCUUUCAUUUAAGAGUCUAUUGAUACUCUUAAAAAAUUCAAACAAUUUUAUAGUCUGGGCUCAAUUAAUACAAUUAUGUAAUAAAAUAUCAGAUCUUAUUUUUUUUCUUACAUUUAUAAUACUUAAAAUGCAUUAAGAUUUCCUUCGUGGAUAACCUACAGGUCAACUCAGCAUUCAGCAAGUCAUAUCACAUUGAACUCUCACAGUUUAUUUUUUCGAGUUACUGUUAAUCCCUAUUAAAACUUCACAAACUAAAUCAUUAGAAGUACCUCCACAUAUUAUCAGAAAAACUAUUCCGAGUGAAAAUAAUUGAAGAUUACCUCAUUAGCAAGGUGGUGGAUAACGGCAAUACUGAUACAAGCAUCUGCUGAAUCAUCUCUUAAGGGAAGAGCUAAACAAUUACAAGU